AUGGCCCAAGUCAUAACCAACUCCGGCCAUGAUGAUAUGAUUCAUGAUGCUGGCAUCGAUUACUAUGGGCGCAGAUUGGCGACUUGCUCCUCAGACAAAACGAUAAAAAUAUUUGAACUAGAGAGCGACACACAUCGACUUGUCGAAACGUUAAAGGGACAUGAAGGUGCAGUGUGGUGUGUUGCCUGGGCCCAUCCCAAGUUCGGCACUAUCCUUGCAUCUUCAUCUUACGAUGGAAAGGUUCUUAUUUGGCGCGAACAAGGCUCCGCCGCCGCCACAGGCAGCUCCUGGAGUCGGGUCUUCGAUUUUUCCCUCCACACCGCUUCCGUAAACAUGAUUUCCUGGGCGCCACAUGAAAUCGGCUGUGUUCUCGCAUGCGCCUCAUCAGAUGGACAUGUCAGCGUAUUAGAAUUCCGUGAUAAUAGCUGGACCCAUCAAAUCUUUCACGCCCACGGUAUGGGUGUGAACUCCGUGAGCUGGGCCCCGGCCGCUACUCCUGGGUCAAUAAUUAGCACAACACCAAACCCGGGACAAGUUCGUCGAUUUGUGACUGGUGGAAGUGACAAUUUGGUCAAGAUCUGGGAUUUUAACCCCGAAACGAAGAGUUAUACCACCUCUAAUGUCCUUGAGGGCCACACGGACUGGGUUCGGGAUGUUUCUUGGUCACCAAGCAUUCUUUCACGAUCAUACAUUGCCUCCGCUUCUCAAGACAAGACUGUCCGAAUCUGGACUUCUGACGCUUCAAAUCCUAAUGAAUGGAAAAGCCAUCAGUUGGAGUUUGAUGCUGUGAUUUGGCGUGUCUCUUGGAGUCUCAGUGGGAAUAUUUUGGCUGUUAGUGGUGGCGAUAACAAAGUCAGUUUGUGGAAGGAGAAUCUUAAAGGCUCGUGGGAAAAGGUGAAGGAUAUCGAAGAAUAA